AUGUCCCUCAGCAGAGCUCCGGCCCGGGACACCUCUGAGACCCCCAGCCCGAGAGAACGCAUCCGCAGUCACAUGAAGAUGGUGAUUGACCAGCUGGAAGGAAUUCUCAGAGAGCUCAAAGACGUGGCCAAGGAACUUCGGGAGGUGGUGGGCCAGAUUGAUAAACUAACGUCAGACUUUGACUUUGACCUGGAUCCAGAUGACUGGACGGUAGCGACAGCAAGCAGCACGUCCAGCAGCGAGCGUGGUCUCGGAGAAGCCUUCCGUCUUGAUUUCCUCAACGCUGAUGUGCUGUCCGACAGCUGGGAGUUCUGCGGCUACCUGGAGUCAGCUAGCGGGGCUUGCGCCCGCACACCUAGCGAUACACCAAUGGGGUUCUUCCCCCGAGCGCCCCCAGGUCGGGGGACCAUACCCACUCAGACCCCCACUCUGCCUCCUGCCGCCACCGCCUCUGUUUACUCGCAGAUGAACGGUGGUCUGCCCAUCCCCAACGGGCCACGUAUCAUCACUCCAGAUUCAUCCAGCGAGGAGGCUAGCAGCUCUACGCACAGCCACAAAACGAGAGAGAGGGUCCGAUUCAGUGACAAGAUCCUAUACCACGCCUUGUGCUGCGACGACGACGAUGAAGAAGAACAGGAGGACCUACCAGACGACAAGAGCAACCGCGGCACACCAGACAGUGACAGCGAGCCAAGCCUUCUGGCUGAGCCACUCGCUCCCAAGCGUUCUUCCUCCGAGCACUCGCUCCUCCACAACUGCCUCGACCCUUCUUACAUACCCCCGUCAGCAAGAAGCAUGACGGGAGCGCACACGUUACCGAGGAAAGGCCUCCUGAACCCCGGUUGCCGCAAAAAACUGCUCCGAAACAGCAGCACGCAAACUGUGUCGGAUAAGAGCACCCAAACUGUACUGCCCUAUAUUCCAAGCAAACAGAAAACAAAGGAGCACUGA